AUGGCCACAACUCCUGCCACCGCCCAACAAUUACUGGCGGCCAGUUUUUCUGGCAUGGUUUUCGGGUUUCUUGAGGAUUGUCAAGAAUUCCGGGAAAGCUAUAGCAGCAGUAGCGAUGGAAGCCAAGUAAAUGAAGCCUUCUUGUUAGAUGAAGAGGAAGAAGAAGCUGGAAAUCAGGAGGAGAAGGACAGGAGGUUUUGGGAAAACCAGCACCAGCUUUUACAAGCGACCUUGUGCAGGACUAGUUCUCUAGAGACGAGAAUUAGGAGUAUGACAAAAGAGGCGGUGAAGGAGAUAAAUAGAGAAGGGACAGAGUGUGGUUGUGGGAAACCGAUGGCUAGCGGUUGCCGGAGCUGCCUAAUGAGAGAAGUUUCCGGCCGGCUUUGCAAUGCUGGUUACAACAGUGCCAUCUGCACGUCUAAGUGGAGGAGUUCGCCGGAUAUUCCUUCAGGAGAGCACACAUUUAUUGAUGUGGUGGACAGUUCAAACCCUAAGAAAGGAGAGGUGAGGGUGAUUAUAGAACUCAACUUCAGAGCAGAGUUCGAGAUGGCCAGAGCAAGCAAUGAAUACAAUAAUCUGGUGAACCGGCUUCCUGAAGUGUUUGUUGGCAAAGUUGAGAGACUACAAAACCUAAUUAAAAUCUUAUGCUCAGCUGCAAAGAAAUGCAUGAAGGAGAAGAAAAUGCACAUGGGGCCAUGGAGGAAGCAGAAGUACAUGCAAGCUAAAUGGCUCAGUCCCUGCAAAAGAACUACAUCAACACCACUUUUAUCAGUGGGAAACUCUGGCCGGUUGCGGCCGAAGCCGAAGGAAUCCAUGCUAACGGUAGAUUUGCUGGAGAUGCUGCCUAACAGUUAUUGCAUCACAGCAGUUGAAGUUGUGUGA